AUGCCUAAUAACAGAAUGUAUUUCUGGGCUCUGACACUCAAAAUAAUUUUCUUAUCACUAACUGCAAUUGGAAUUCUGGGAAAUUUCUCUGUGUUUUACUACUAUCUGUUCUGCUAUGGAGAUUGCAAAUUAAAGGCUGUAGAUUUGAUUCACUGGCACCUAAUGGCAGCCAACACCCUGAUCAUUCUCUCUAAAGGAGUGCCCCACACGAUGGCAGCUUUUGGUUUGAAGCAGUUUUUAAAUGAUAUUCAAUGCAGAUUAAUUUUGUACAUUGAAAGAGUUGGCUGUGGCUUUUCCAUUGCCUCCACCUGCCUCUUGAGUGUCUUCCAGGUUAUCAGCAUCAGUCAUAAGAAAUCCUGUUGUAAGGAUCAAAAAUUCAAAGCUGCUAAUUAUAUUGGCUGUUGCCUUUCCCUUCUCUGGGUCUCCUGCACAUUAAUACAUUUCAUUUUCUUUGUGUAUCCAAUUAUAAAAAGGUAUAGUAUCAAUGUGACAAGUAAACGAGAUUUUGGACACUGCUCUACUGUAGGGCGGGAUGGAAUCAAUGACUCACUCUAUGUAGCAUUGGUGGCGUGCCCUGAAAUCUUCUUUUCGUUGCUCAUGGCCUGGUCUAGUUGCUCUAUGAUUGUCAUUCUGCACAGACACAAGAAGAGGGUUCAGCACAUCCGCAGCACCCAUGGUUCCAUCAGAACCUCCCCUGAAUCCAGAGUCACCCAGAACAUCCUGGUGCUGGUGUCUAAUUUUCUGGCUUUUUAUACUCUGUCCUCUGUCUUACAAGGCUGUGUGGCUCUUUUGUCUAAUCCUAGUUGGUGGCUAGUGAACAUCACUCACCUCGUUUCUCUGUGUUUUCCUUGUUUUGGACCCUGUGUUCUUAUGAAUCGUUACUCCAUAAUGCCAAGUCUCAGUUUGGUCUGGAUAAGGAACGUGACCACACUCAUUCUUAAGUAUGUGAAUGAUAUAAUUCUUAUGGUAUCCAGUUGUUUAGUCACCCAUCUCCCUCACAAAGUCAGUACAGAAAGUUAA